AUGGAUAGUGGAGAUAAAAGUUGGAUGGGUCUCCGGAGAUUCACCAAUGAGUAUAUCAAUGGUGUGAAUAACUUUCUUGAUACAACUUUUGAACGAGCUUCCAAGGGAGAUGAAAUAUUGUGUCCUUGCAAAAAGUGUGCUAAUUGUAAGUGGCAUCAUCGAAAUGUGGUAGAAGAUCACUUGGUUGUUUAUGGGUUUGUGCAAGGGUACACCAAAUGGAUUUUUCACGGGGAAAGUUUUUCCUCGAGAAAUAAUCCAGAUCAUAAUAAUAAGGAAGGUUCCAACAUGCGUGACAAUAUUGAUGGCCUACUUCAUGAUACUUUUAGAGAUGUUGCAGGUGACUUGAGGCUUGAGAGAGUGAGAGAGGGGCCAUUCGAAGAUGUAAAGAAAUUUUUUAAAUUGCUGGAGGAAGGUAAACAAAAGUUAGAUCAUGGGUGGUGUGAGAAUUUCUCUAAACUGAAUUUCACCAUUCGAUUAUUCUUGUUCAAAUGCAUUCAUGGUUUGAGUAAUGUGGCCUUUGGAGACUUGUUAGACCUGUUAAGAGAGGCAUUUCCAUUCGCUCAUAUACCUGAGUCGUUCCACAAAUCAAAAAAUGUGAUUAAAGAUUUGGGUUUUGAUUAUGAAAAAAUACAUGCAUGUCCUAAUGAUUGCAUGUUAUUUUGGAAGGAAAAUGAGAAGGAAAAUAAUUGCUCUGUUUGUGGCUCGUCUAGAUGGAAGACUGUUAAUGAUCCCUUGACUAAUGAAAGCUCCAAAAUUCUUGGAAAGGUUUUAAUGUACCUUCCCUUAAAACCUAGGCUUCAGAGAAUAUUCAUGUGUCCUGAAACAACUGCAAAUAUGAAAUGGCAAGAUACUGAACGACCCAAAGAUGGCAAUAUAAGGCAUUCGGCUGACGGGGAAGCUUGGAAGAAUUUUGAUUCCUUGCAUGAAGAUUUUGCUAGAGAUCCUCGUAAUGUUAGAUUGGGUCUUUCAAGUGAUGGUUUCAACCCGUUUCAAACCAUGAGUCUAUCGUCUCCAGGAAAGGAUAUUGAUGUCUACCAUCAACCACUAAUUGCAGAAUUGAAAGAAUUGUGGGAAACUGGGAUAGAAACAUAUGAUGCUGAUUCUAACCAAACUUUUCAAUUGCGUGCAGGCUUAUUGUGGACAAUUAGUGAUUUUCCAACCUAUGCAAUGCUUUCUGGUUGGAGCACAAAAGGAAGAAAGGCAUGCCCAACUUGUAAUCAUGGGACAUGCUCUCAAUAUCUCAAGCAUAGUCGUAAGAUGUGUUAUAUGGGUCAUCGGGCAUUCUUACCUCAUGAUCAUCCAUUUCGAAGAGAUAAGAAAUCAUUUGAUGGUAAAGAAGAUCACAGAUCUGCACCUACUCCCUUAUCAGGGACAGAAGAACAUAACAAACUGAGGCACAAUCUUGAUGUGAUGCACAUUGAAAAAAAUAUUUGUGACAGUUUGCUCGGGACUUUGUUGGAUGUAACUGGAAAGUCAAAAGACCAUGUAAAUUCUCGAUAUGACUUGCAUGAAAUGGGGAUACGAAAGGAGCUUCAACCAGUACAAGAUGAUAAUGGAAAAGUUCAUUUGGCUAAAACCUGUUUCUCCAUGAAACCAGCAAAAAAGAAGUUAUUUUGCACUGUUAUUAAAAAUGCCAAAUUACCAAAAGGUUGUGUUUCAAAUAAAUCAAGAUGUGUGGAAGUGGAUGAGAUGAAAAUAUCAGGUUACAAGAGCCAUGAUGCUUAUUUCAUAAUGCAUUACUUGUUCCAAAUUGUUGUUAGAAAAGUGUUGCCCAAAAAAGUUUCUAUGGCUUUGAUUCGGUUGGGGAACUUCUUUAAAGUCAUAAGUAGCAAGGUGAUAAGGCGAGCAGAUCUUGAUACAAUGCAGUCUGAGAUCAAUGAGAUUAUAUGUGACCUUGAAAAGAUUUUCCCUCCAUCUUUUUUUUGA